UCUCUUUCUAAUUUCUUUUUUUAUUUCAAUAGAACAGAGGUUGUGAUCAUUAACACCCCUAACAAUGAAGACAUCGUUUCUUCGUCCUUCCUCUGCUCCGCUGCUUCAGAAUUUUCAUCACCGAGCCUCUUCAAUAACACAUGCUUUCACUAUUUGUUGUUCAUCGAGGAACCACCCUUAUAUCCCCAAGCUUGAACCUUUUAGCCGAACCAAGUUUGAAAGGCUCGUCAAAGACCCUCCUUUGAUCGAAAAAUCUGAGAAAGAGCUCGCAGAUUAUUGUUCAACGCUUGAAGGUGACCAAUCCUAUAGUUGCUGGCAGGCUUAUUUUGAGCUGAAAGAUCUUGAAAAAGAGUCACCAAAAGCAGACGUAGAGAGGUUGAUUCUUGAGACUGGUGGUGUAAAAUCCUUGAUAGGAUGUUUGCACGGGAUUGCACUUAUGCAUAAAUUAAAGAAGGGCGAUUUGAAUUUGGCCAAGGAUGUAAAAUCAGAUGAAGGUAAGAGACUUUGUCCUAUACCAGAUGGAUUGCCAAGAUCUGCUGAUGAAAUGAUGGAAGAAGAGCAAGCUAGAAUGCCUGAUUCGCCAUAUACUAGGCUUCUUAGAAGCAAAGGCAGGUUCCCUGCAUGGUAUUCUCCUGCACCUGAUCAUGAAACAGAUUGAUAAUUAAUCCCACCUUAUCUUUAAGCAAAUAGUAAAUAGAAUGUCUCUAUUUAGUGGCCUAGCUAUUCCCUGUGUGAAUGACCAUGUGAAUAGAAUUAGUGUGAAAUUUGUGGGGUUUUUUUUUUUG